GCACUCAUAUCAACUGCACAGAGUAGUGUAAGACAUCUCAAUUUCCACAAAUUAAGAAAAAUGAACACCCUUUUGCUACUACUUUCACUUUCAGUUAUCCCAAUAGCCCUGUGUGUACCCAAUCCCUCAAGAUUCUUAGCAGGUUCAUCGCCAUCUCCAGUUCUUGACAUCAAUGGCGACAAAGUAAAAGUGGGUCUCAACUAUUUCGUGCUGCCAGUGAUCCGAGGAAGAGGUGGCGGACUCUUACCUUCCAACGUUAAGCAAAACAAUACUUGUCCUAGGGACAUUAUCCAAAAUUCUGAUGAGGUCCAAGAAGGUUUGCCUGUGGUUUUCACACCUUUUAAUACCAAGAAGGGUGUUGUUCGUCUUUCAAUUGAUCUUAAUGUCAGGUUUUUUACUCCAACUAUUUGUGCAAGAGAAACUAUUUGGAAACUUGGGACCUAUGAUGACAAGUUGAAGCAAUAUUUUAUAGUGACUGGUGGAGUUGAAGGAAACCCAGGGCCUCAAACAUUGAGCAGUUGGUUCAAGAUUGAGAAACUUGGGACGGAUUAUAAGUUUGUGUUCUGUCCAAGUGUGUGCAAGAUUUGCAAGGUUAUUUGCAAAGAUGUUGGUAUAUACACUAAAGAUGGAGUCAGGUUUUUGGCUCUCAGUGACACUCCCUUAAGGGUUAUGUUCAAGAAGACUUUCUAAAUAUAUGUACCUUUCUUUAUAUAGGGGCGUCAUUUUCCUCGAAUUUUCUGCUUGUGUAAUGUCGGUUGUUUUUCAGUUGUGAGUUUGAGGUUGUGAACACACUGCAACUUUUAGCUGUUUGAUUUUCUACUCCAAUGGUGUGUUUCUUUUUCUCUUGAACUUUGAUAUUUAUGAUAUUCCCAAUUUUUUCUUCUUUUUUCCCCUUCA